UUAACUUCUCUCCAUCAUCAAUUCAGGGUCUUUAAAAGACUUCUCACCAGUCCCAAACUUCACACAUUCAUAUUCUGCAGUCCUAUUUAACUUCCCUAAGCUACAUCACAUUUUCUUAGCUCAUCCAAAACACAUUUUCAUUGCCAUGUCUACCUCUAGAAACUCAGAAUCUUUCCUCAAAGGAUAUGACCCUAAUCAAACCCAAAUAAACUUAUCUCUCCUUCAAAGAAACACAUCUCCUUGCAGUGAGAGAAGAGGCAGAAAAAAGCAAGCAGAUCCAGGGAGGUUUCUUGGGGUGAGGCGCCGCCCUUGGGGUCGAUAUGCUGCUGAAAUCAGAGACCCUGCAACUAAAGAAAGACACUGGCUUGGAACAUUUGACACUGCUCAAGAAGCAGCUCUUGCUUAUGACAGAGCUGCUCUGUCCAUGAAAGGUAGCCAAGCAAGAACCAAUUUCAUAUACUCUGAUGACACCAAUCUUCACAAUGUUCUCAGUCCAAUGAAUGUUCAAGCUCUCUUACCAGCUUCUCAGUUCCACAAUAACACUCAGAGCACACAACCAACCAAUCAGAAUAGCCUCUCUCACAUUAAUACUUCCAACAUUGGAAGCUCCUCUGGCUUGAAUGCUGAAAGUGCAUAUGGGUCACCCCAUGAUGACAAUUUCUUCUUCUCCAAUGAUUCUUCUAACUCAGGCUAUUUGGAAUGCAUAGUUCCUGAUAACUGUUUCAGACCUGCUUCAAGUGAUCAAAAAGCUGGUAGCAGCAUUAACACAAACACCAUGCAGGCUCAAUCACAUUUUGACAACAUUGCAUUCUCUCAAGAAGCCUCAAACAUGAAUUUUCCAUCUUACCCAAGUGAACUUGGUCAAGGAUUAUGGGGUAAUCAACAAUCAUGGGAUUUCAAUUCUUCUAAUGAACUUAAUUCAGCCAUGUUUCACAAUCCAUUAAGGAAUGAAGAAGGGUGCAUGUAUGCAUUUUGUCCCAUCAGUGACAGUCCAAACUAUGGGCCAAUGACUGAGGCUGUUUCUUCAACUACAACAUCAUUUCCUCUCUUUGGGGAUGUUGACUUUGAAUACUCACUCUUCUAAACCCUUGUUGAGGUACCUUUAUCAAGGGAGGCCCUAGACUUUUAGGUCUUGUGUAACUUGCAUGCAGUUAGUACGUGUGUCUAGCUUGAAAGUUUGGUCUAGGAAGUAUAGGGAAGUCUUUUAUUCUAAUGCUUUACACAUGGGGUGAGCUUUGCCUUUUAUGGUUCUUGCACACACUCUUGUACCACUACCAAUUCCAUGUUUCACUUCAAGGAAACUCAUUAUUCCUUUUAUCAUCAUAUCAUCAUUAGUA